AAAAAAAAAAGAAAAAAGAAAAGAAAAGAAAAAAAAAGAAAACUGCCAGUUUCAAUCCAGACCCAAUGCCUGGACACCCUCUUCUUGGAGACACUUCAGGCACUCCACCUGUCCCCCAGCAGGGAGGGUGUGGAACGCUUGUGGUUCAUGCUGCUUGCUUUGGGGAAACCAUUAUCCUCUGUUCUCUCCUGCUUUUCUGAUCCCCUCUUUCCCCAGCACCUGGGGUUUAUAUCUGUCCCUCCCUGGAAGCAUGGAAGGUUCAUUCCACAAGAGGACUGCAGGGAGUGGGGGCAACCGGUGGACCAAGCCCUGCUCUAAGUCUGUUCCUGGAGUCCUGCUAAGGCCCCACCAGCUGAACACUCCUGGAUCUGCCCCCAUCCCAACCCCACAACCCCUGUGAGGUGAAGCCCAGCUGUCACCGUGGCUGUCAAGUCCCUUCAUGACUGGCCCAUCUUCCCAACGUUCCUACCCUGCGAGCUCUGCCAGCCUAGAUGACAUGUCUUUCCCUCUUUACAUCCUCAGUUCCCACCUCCAAUACAUUUGCUUUUUCCAUUCCUGCUGCACAAUAUCUGCCAGUCUCCACUUGCUGACAUUUUAGUCUCUUGUUCAUCCUGCAAGACCCUGUUCACGUCACUCCUCCAGGAAGUCACGCAUGUUCCUUCCAGCAAGAAAGGUCCUCUCUCUUCUGAGCCUCCAUGUCUGUCUUGUGACUCUCAGUGCCAAGCACUAGGAAUGGCACAGACUAAGUGUCGAUUCAUGUUUAUUAAACUAUACAGAUUAACACUGCAAUUUUCCAGAUGAGGAAACUGAGACUCAAAGAGGGACAGCAACUGGCCCAGGGUCACCAGCAUGCAGAUGCCUGCUAUGAUGUCUCUGCUUCUUGUGUCUGUGGGCCUCAUGGAAGCACUUCAGGCCCAGAGCCACCCCAUCACACGACGAGACCUCUUCUCUCAAGAGAUGCCGCUGGACAUGGCCCUGGCUUCCUUUGAUGACCAGUACGCUGGCUGUGCUGCUGCCAUGACAGCUGCUCUUCCAGAUCUCAACCACACGGAGUUCCAGGCCAACAAGGUGUAUGCAGAUGGCUGGACACUGGCAAGCAGCCAAUGGCAGGAGCGCCAGGCCUGGGGGCCAGAGUGGAGUCUCAGCCCUACCCGUCCACCCCCACCACCCCUGGGCUUCCGCGAUGAGCAUGGGGUGGCCCUCCUGGCCUACACAGCCAACAGCCCCCUGCACAAGGAGUUCAAUGCAGCCGUGCGUGAGGCAGGUCGCUCCCGGGCCCACUACCUCCAUCACUUCUCCUUCAAGACACUCCAUUUCCUGCUGACCGAGGCCCUGCAGCUCCUGGGCAGGGGCCAGCGUCCACCCCGGUGCCACCAGGUGUUCCGAGGUGUGCAUGGCCUGCACUUCCGGCCAGCAGGGCCCGGGGCCACUGUGAGGCUGGGGGGCUUUGCUUCCGCCUCCCUGAAGAAUGUUGCAGCCCAGCAAUUUGGUGAGGACACCUUCUUUGGCAUCUGGACCUGCCUUGGGGCCCCUAUCAAGGGCUACUCCUUCUUCCCUGGAGAGGAAGAGGUGCUGAUCCCCCCCUUCGAGACCUUCCAGGUGAUCAAUGCCAGCAGACCGGCCCAGGGCCCCGCCCGCAUCUACCUCCAGGCCCUGGGCAAGCGCAGCACCUACAACUGCGAGUACAUCAAAGACAAGGAGUGCAAGUCUGGGCCUUGCCAUCUGGAUAAUUCAGCCAUGGGUCAGAGCCCCCUCUCUGCAGUUUCGUCUCUGCUGCUGCUGCUCUGGUUCCUUGCAGUGAGGGCCUUUCCAGACAGUCCAGGCCUCCUUUGAUGCAUGAGACACGGGACAGCCUCACCUGCUGCCUCUGCCCAUCCUGAGGAUGUUGGCAAUGUGUACUUUCAGUGUAACCAAGAUUCCUGGCAACCCCAUCUGCAGGGAACUCUGGGACCUUGUCUGGUAGCUGCCAGACCUGCUGGUGGAGAAACAGGAGACAAUUUGGGGACUGAACCUUACUCAGGGCUCUAGGAGUGAGACUCUGAAUAAAGGGUUGGGCCGG